AUGGCUCUCUUUAAUUUCAGCAGGAAGAAAAGCCCCAAGUCCAUUGAUUCCGACGCUACGCAGGAGACAGGUAGCACAAGUCGACUCGGUUGGCCAAUUUUCAUUAUUCUUGGACAACUAUGUCUAUUAGCGCUUACUUUCGGCUUCCUCGGCGCUGUUCACGCUCGAGGGCAAAUUCCUCUCUCGUUGGAUACCGCCGACUUCUUCCAAACUUUUCCGGGAGUAAACAACUAUGUUUUCACGACGUUCGCAAAUAUUUUGGCGCUUGCAUCCUCUUUUCUUUUUGCACAAGCCGUCCGCCAUGCUCUUCUAGUCAUGCUUGCAACUCGACCAUUGCCCAUCCCAAUUUUAGGCUAUGGAGUCAAAAUCUCAAACAAGUCACUUGUUUGGAGAGGACAGUACAGAUGGAUGGCGGCUGGCGCAGCUAUCUUCCUGCUGAACUUGGGAUUAACAUCGGGAUGGUCUUCGUUGUUCAAACCCAAUCCUAUCACCUAUCCAGUGCAUAUCAACGGCAAAGAAUUUGAUCUCAACAGCCAGCCUUUCCAGAACGGAUUUUCUCAACUGUGGAACGAAACUCUUGCCCCGCUUUUUGAUACAUCAUUUUUGUCGUUCAUUGAUCAAGCAGGCGCGGCCAGUGCAACUGCCCAAGCUGGUUAUCAUGCUGUCGUUGACUUCAAUAGAUAUUCGUAUGUAAACUCGACAUAUGGCAUCUUUCCCAUCCAGUUCUCAGAGUCUUCAACAACUCCGACUAAUGGUUCCAAUAACACCAAGACUCAGCUCAUCACCUCGAAUACAGAACCCUUCCCGCCUUCUACCGCUGUCUCCGAUGUUUCGUACUCUAUGCACCAACAAGGGAUGACUGCUGCAGUCUCUUGCACAGCGAGAACAUUAGACGAAACUACAUCUCCUUCGCUCAUUCGCCGUUCACAAGCUAUUGCUGCAGAUGGAUUCACUUUCACUCUCUGGAACACCUCCACAACCUGUGGAGUCUCUGGCAAUGAGACGGUUGAUUGGUCUACGGCCAUAACAAGGUCAAAUAACACGCUGGCCAUGGUCGGUUGCUACACUGUUGACAAUCUCAACCAAGAUACAUUCAGUGUUAUCUUUGACAACCGAGGAGACAACUCAUGGACUUACAUUUGCGACAUUCAACCUCAGAUCUGGAAUGUGGUUGUCGAACAGACCAAUACAGAUUUCUACAUUGCUUCCCACUUCAAGGGCAAUUCAUCCGUUGACGUUAUCGGGCCAAUGGGCUUCGCCGGAGCGUAUGCACUUGGAAGCGCCGUUGGGUAUGGUCAAAGCGAGCUGCGAAACGCUGUUGCCGAUUCCAUGUGGGCAAUUCAUGUAGACUCCGGGAUAAAUGACUUUACUCCGACAUUGGAGGCAUAUAUCCGGGGUGUUUUUGAGUUCACUGCAACAGCUUUCAAGACUCUGUUAUCCGACAAUGAAGGCCCCUUUAAGGGUACCCCGCCAGCAGAUAUGACCCGUUCCAUCAACGGAACAGCUUUCGUCCACACCAUUGGCUGGGAAUACACAUCUGUGUACACCGAAAUUGUGCUCAUCCCGAUCAUCAUCUUCAGUCUCGGGACGAUUACGAUCGCGCUUGUUGCCCAGCUAUACAACCCGGGCAUUCCUCGCACGGAAGCCGGCUUCGACCCGAGAGAUCCGUUGAUGUUGGUGGCCGCUGCCUCGACGGGGGGAAUCAACGGGGUUUUUCCUGGCAUCGACGGAAAGAACGUGGAAGAGGUUAAGACCAAACCUAUCCAACCGAUCCAGCCAGCCGUGCAGCCCAAGGUCUCCCGCCUCUAUUUGUCCCUUCACCGCUCCCUGGAAGCGCCUCAUCAACAAGUGGCGCGCCGACAUCGUCGACGCCAUUCUCAGCCCCCCGCGAUGGGAUCGGCACUCAGUACCACCCCUACGAACACUGACCCUACAAAACUACCCAUUUCACAGGUAUUUACACCUCCAGUAGUGCCGGGGAGCUCCGCCGGAGAGAAGGAAACCUAUAUGAGCAUUGUUCUCGUGCCAGAAUAUGCACAUUGGAGUCCAGAUGAGCUGCGUUAUUACGCGUAUGCAAGAGGGACACGGCUGCCUCCACCAGGGACAACUAUGAUUCCAUUUACAGUCGCGCAAGCGUCAACAUCUUCGGGAAGCGCGCUAUUACCACCGACUACUGAUGGAGAGCAGUUCCAGAGUAUCUCAGCUCGACCAGAAUAUGCAGGUCAUAGUUUCGAGGAACAUCGUAUUGCCUUCCUAAAAGCUGGGAGCGAGCUUACUUCUGCACAAAUCGCCGCCACCUUUGGCCUUGGGACGGCAGUCGUAGACCAAGGAAUGGACAUGAAUCCUCCACAAAAUCCACUCACCAAUACCACGCCUGUCGUGUCGCCCUUUACUGUCCCGCAACAACCAACCCCUGCUGUCCCAUCGUUAUUUGGUCAACCAGCUCCACCAGUAGCGGCACCGGCAGCAUUCUCGUUCGGUGCUCCAUCUCAACCACCUGCACCAGUGCAAGCUGCAACUGGAUUCAGUUUUGGAGCUCCAGCAGCGCCAUCACAGCCUUCUGGAUUCAGCUUUGGCACCCAGCCAGCAGCGCCAGCUCAACCAACAGGAGGAUUCUCGUUUGGCCAACCUCAGCAGACGCAACCGCCAGCCCAGGGUGGCUUCUCGUUUGGAACUCGGAGGUUCUAA